AUGCUGCUGCUGCUGGUGUCCCUGCUCUGCUGUGUCCCUGCAGCCAAGGCCUGUCUGCAGUGUGACCGCAAGAUCAGGCUCCUGCUCGAGGACUUCACCCUGUCCGCUCCCACCGUGUACAACCAGAUCGAAUUGAAAAAGAUCUGCGACCAUGCUUAUGUGACCUACAAGGAGACCAGCCGGGAGCGAAGGGGAGUCAUCGAUCCUACCACUCUGUACAGAGCCAGAACUGAGUACCACAGUGAGUUGGACCGCUUCUUGAAAACCAAGCACACUGGAUCCGUAACAUUUGAGGCCAUUCAGAUCCUGGAGAAGGGCAGGAAGAUCUUAGAGAAACACUUGGACACGUUCGUCCGUGACGGGUUGUGCCCCAACAAGUGCGGGCUUUUGAAACGAAGAGUGAUGGAUUGCUUCUCCUGUCGUUACAAGAUAUACAUCUGUCCCUCUCCCUCCGGCCAGCAGGACUGCGGUGAGCUCCCCGUGCGGGCCGAGGAGGGAGGCCAGGCCGUGCUGAACUGUUUCCUCCCGUGGCAUCGUCUUCUGUUGGGAGCACCGGAGUACCACUACGCCUGGGCCCGCGGCGUGCCAGGCACCGAAAAGCUGAACGAGAGUGAUUUUAAAGCCUUGGUGGUGACGGACGACUCAUCCGUGGUCCUAAAUCAGCUGCGCGUGGAUGAACAAGGGACGUACCGCUGCUCUCUGCAGGGCCGCGAUGGAACCGUCUUCUACCGGGUCACGUACCCGCUCGCCGUCGCUCUUUCUCCUGACCAGACACGCCGCCCCGUCAUCACUCCGCCCUCCCUGCCUCACGGAGACGACUCCGCGCAUUUUCAACCCACCGCCGUCCUGCUGGUGCCGGUCAUCGCCGUGGUUACGGCGUUGAGUCUGGCAGCGAGCGUAGGCGUCACGGUGGUACUGGGAAUGAUGAUGAGUCAGAGGAGUAGGCGGACAGAGAGGAGAACCACACAAGACCCGGUGUGA